ACCAUCAAAUAUGGCAAACCAAUUAUCACCACCCUUUGGCACUCCCAUUACCGCACCUCAGUACUGUGCUCCAGGUCCACAUCCUGUUGAUCUGAUAAUCAUAAAGGAGAGGAGUAUAGCAGAUAAUUUCACUGUGACAGACACCAAUGGCAACAUAGUUUUCACUGUUAAGAGCAAUCUCGUAAGCAUUGUAAAACCCCGCAAACACAGUUUCUUGUUUGACUCUCAUGGAAACCCCAUUGUUCAUCUUCGCAGAUCGAUUCAGAAUUAUGAUUGGAAAGCAUUCAGAGGACAAAGUGAAGAAUCUAGGGAUCUGAUAUUUAGAAAACACAAUUCCUCAUUUUUUCAGUUAAGGUUGAAAUCCGACGUGUUCUUGGCAAAUAAUGUCACUGAUGUUUGUGACUUCAAAAUCAAAUCAAGUUGGUCUGGACGCUCUUGGGAUGUUUACUUAGGCGAUUCCAACAUACUUGUUGCCCAGAUAAAUACAAAGCUUGGCACUAUGUUUAGCAGAGAGAAGUACAUGGUGUCCGUGUUUCCAAAUAUCGAUCAUGCAUUCAUUGUGGCUCUAGUUCUAACUCUUCAACGUUGA